AUGCGGCUCCGACUUCCCGCCACCAAAUUGAAACCGGCCGCCGCAUUUCUACACCACCCGCCACCUCCUCCGACCGCCGCCCGCCUCCUCUCCGCCGUCGCGCCUCCCUCCGACGACGCAUGCCUUCUCCAGCAGCAGCAGCAGCAGCUCGACGACCACAUCGCCCGGGGCAACCUCUCCCACGCCCGCCACCUGUUCGACCAAAUCCCCCACCCGGACGUGCGCGCCUACAACGCGCUCAUCCGGGCCUACUCCUGGCGUGGGCCCGCCCUCGCCGCCGACGCGCUCGUCCUCUACCGCGCCAUGCUCCACGACGGCGUCCCGCCCGACAAGUACACCUUCCCCUUCGUCCUCAAGGCCUGCUCCGCGCUCCUCAACCUCCGCGCCGGCCGCGCCAUCCACCGCCACGCCGCCCGCGCGGGGCUCCACGCCGACCUCUUCGUCUCCACCGCCCUCAUCGACCUCUACAUGAAGUGCGCCUUCUUCCGCCACGCCGCCACCGUCUUCGACCACAUGCCCGCCAGGGACGCCGUCGCCUGGAACGCCAUGCUCGCCGGGUACGCGCUACACGGCAUGCACCGCCAUGCGCUCGACUACCUCCUUCGCAUGCAGGACCACCGCCUCAGGCCCAACGCCUCCACCCUCGUCUCGCUCCUCCCUCUGCUCGCCCAGCAGAGGGCGCUCUCCCAGGGGAAGUCAGUGCACGCCUACAGCGUCCGUGCCCGUCUCCACGACAAGGACGGGGUCAUCGUCGGCACCGCCCUGCUGGACAUGUACGCAAAGUGCGGGCACUUGCAUUAUGCCAGCAGGGUCUUCGAGGCCAUGGCCGAUAAGAACGACGUCACCUGGAGCGCGCUGAUCGGCGGCUUUGUGCUCUGCAACCGGAUGCUGGAAGCCUUCCGUCUGUUCAAGGACAUGCUGGCCCAAGGACUGUGUUUUCUUUCUCCAACCUCUGUCGCCAGCGCUCUUCGAGCCUGCGCCAACCUGGCCGACCUCCGUAUUGGUAAGCAGCUGCACGUCCUGCUUGCUAAAUCUGGGCUUCACUCUGACCUGACCGUGGGGAACUCGCUCCUCUCCAUGUACGCCAAGGCUGGGUUGACCGACGAGGCUACAGCGCUUUUCGAUGAGAUGGUCGGCAAGGACACGGUUUCUUACAGCGCGCUUAUAUCAGGGUAUGUGCAGAACGGCAUGGCAGACGAAGCCUUUCUCGUCUUCAGGAAGAUGCAAGCCUGCAGUGUCGAGCCGGAUGUUGCCACAAUGGUGUCCCUCAUCCCAGCCUGUUCGCACCUGGCAGCUUUGCAGCAUGGGAAGUGCAGCCAUGGUUCUGUCGUAGUCCGUGGAAUUGCACCUGAAACCUCUAUAUGCAAUGCCUUGAUAGAUAUGUAUGCAAAGUGUGGAAGGAUUGAUCUCUCCAGGCAGAUUUUUGAUGUGAUGCCGGCUCGGGAUAUUGUGUCCUGGAAUACAAUGAUCGCGGGAUACGGAAUCCAUGGACUCGGGAAAGAAGCCACUGCAUUGUUCUUAGACAUGAAGAAUCGAGCUUGUGAACCAGACGAUGUCACCUUCAUCUGCCUGAUUUCGGCGUGCAGCCACUCUGGGCUUGUGACUGAAGGGAAACGCUGGUUUCACAUGAUGGAACAGAAGUAUGGUAUAACUCCAAGGAUGGAGCACUAUAUCGGCAUGGUUGAUCUUUUGGCCAGAGGGGGUUUCCUUGACGAAGCUUAUCAGUUUAUCCAGAGCAUGCCACUGAAAGCAGAUGUUCGUGUAUGGGGUGCCUUGCUUGGUGCCUGUCGGGUUCAUAAGAACAUUGACUUAGGAAAGCAAGUGGCUAAGAUGAUCCAGAAACUAGGACCCGAGGGGACUGGCAACUUUGUUUUGCUGUCCAACAUAUUCAGCGCUGCUGGUAGAUUCGAUGAGGCGGCAGAAGUUCGAAUAUUACAGAAGGAGAAGGGUUUUAAGAAGAGUCCUGGCUGCAGUUGGAUCGAGAUAAAUGGCUCUCUACAUGCAUUUAUUGGUGGAGACAGAUCUCAUCCACAAUCACCUCAGAUAUAUCAAGAGCUGGAUAGCAUCCUCGUAGAUAUUAAUAAACUGGGUUACCAGGCUGAUACCAGUUUUGUUUUGCAAGAUCUUGAGGACGAGGAAAAGGAAAAGGCACUUCUUUACCACAGCGAAAAGUUAGCAAUAGCUUUUGGCAUCCUCACUCUUGGUGAAGAUAAGACCAUUUUUGUUACAAAGAAUCUCCGUGUUUGUGGAGAUUGCCAUACUGUUAUCAAGUACAUGACCUUAGUCAGGAAAAGGGCUAUAAUUGUCAGAGAUGCCAAUAGAUUUCACCAUUUCAAGAAUGGACAAUGCAGUUGUGGAGAUUUCUGGUGA